UUGGGAGGGCAGAAAGUUUGACUUGACUUUUAAAAAAGGAGAGAGAGAGAGAAGAAAGCAGCAGAGAAAAGAAAGUGACGUAAAAGGGGCUUCACGAGCUCUUUGGCGGCAGAUUAUCUGGGCAUCAGACCAUGUGAGGCGGGUGUACAAAAAGCCUGUCCCGGAUGCCCGGUGGCCCAAAGGCUCCCAAAGCCCCUGGAAGGCGGCCGCGGCGCGCGUGGGCGGACUCCUCACGGCCAGCGGGACCGGCGGAACGCUCAGCUGCUCUUUCCCCAAGAGCCCAGUGGGCGCAGAGUCCGGAGCCAAGCAGCUGAAGGCGGGUGAUUCGCAACCAGGUCUGCGGGCAGCAAGUGGUCUGGGCAGAGGUCUCUUGCCAAUGGACAGGAGCACGGUCUUCUAAGCUGCGGCAUGGAGAAGGCGGCCCCUGACAAUGAGACCCAGCUCCUCGCCUCCCAGAAGGAGCCCGGCGGCUGCAAGGAAGGGGACGACUGCGCAGAGAACAGACUUCUGGUUCAGAAUGAGGCCAACCCAGCCGUCCCCAGCCAAGGCGACAAGGGGGCCGCGAACCAGAUCUCCAAUGGGUUUUCGGGCGCUCAGAGCCCAAGUGCCGGCAAAGAGGGCGGCGAAAAUGUUCCCUCGGCCACCCUGGCUGCUGCCGCCACCACCACCACUACGUCCACCACAUGUGGGGUGGAAGUCCGGCAGCAGCUGAUGGAGGUGGGCGAGAGGGAGACCUGGAGUAAGAAAGUGGACUUCCUCCUCUCUGUGAUUGGCUAUGCAGUAGACCUGGGCAAUGUAUGGCGCUUCCCUUAUAUCUGUUACCAAAACGGAGGAGGGGCGUUCCUCAUCCCGUACACCAUCAUGGCUGUCUUUGGAGGGAUCCCUCUCUUCUACAUGGAGCUCGCCCUGGGACAGUAUCACCGAAACGGGUGCAUCUCCAUAUGGAGGAAGAUCUGUCCCAUCUUCAAAGGCAUCGGCUACGCGAUCUGCAUCAUCGCUUUCUACAUCGCCUCGUACUACAACACCAUCAUGGCCUGGGCCUUGUACUACCUGGUUUCAUCCUUCACGGCGGAGCUGCCCUGGACCAGCUGCAAGAACGCCUGGAACACGGGCAACUGCACCAACUACUUCUCCAACAACACGGUCGCCUGGACCGCCAACUCCACCUCCCCGGCCGAAGAAUUUUAUAUCCGCCACGUUCUCCAAAUACACAGAGCAAGGGGCCUGGAUGACCUGGGAGGGAUUAGCUGGCAGCUCACCCUCUGCUUGCUCUUCAUCUUCACCAUCGUGUACUUCAGCAUCUGGAAAGGGGUCAAAACGUCUGGAAAGGUGGUGUGGGUGACAGCCACGUUUCCUUAUGUCAUACUCUUCAUCCUGCUGAUUCGGGGCGCAACCUUGCCAGGUGCCUGGAGGGGGGUCCUCUACUACCUGAAGCCCGACUGGCAGAAACUUCUGGCUACUGAGGUGUGGGUAGAUGCCGCUGCUCAGAUCUUUUUCUCUCUCGGCCCAGGAUUCGGGGUCCUCCUGGCCUUUGCCAGCUACAACAAGUUCCAUAACAACUGCUACCAGGACGCCCUGGUCACCAGCGCCGUGAACUGCAUGACGAGUUUCGUGUCCGGGUUCGUCAUCUUCACUGUGCUCGGCUACAUGGCGGAGAUGAGGAACGAAGAGGUUUCCGAGGUCGCCAAAGACACGGGGCCCAGCCUCCUCUUCAUCACCUAUGCAGAGGCCAUUGCCAACAUGCCCGCCUCCACCUUCUUUGCCAUCAUAUUCUUCCUGAUGUUGAUCACGCUGGGACUGGACAGCACGUUUGCAGGUCUGGAAGGGGUGAUCACUGCCGUGCUGGACGAAUUCCCCCAUGUGUGGGGCAAGCGCCGGGAGCUGUUUGUCCUGGGCUUCAUUGUGAUCUGCUUCAUGGGCGCUCUGUCAACCCUGACCUUUGGCGGUGCAUACGUGGUGAAACUGUUCGAAGACUACGCCACAGGUCCGGCGGUCCUGGCAGUGGUGUUUCUGGAAUCCAUUUCUGUGGCUUGGUUUUACGGUGUCAAUCAGUUUUGCAGUGAUGUGAAAGAGAUGCUCGGAUUCAGUCCCGGCUGGUACUGGAGAGUCUGCUGGGUUGCCAUCAGCCCGAUUUUCCUUCUGUUCAUUAUUUGCAGCUUCAUGUCCAGCCCGCCAGACCUCCGACUCUUCGACUACAACUACCCGUACUGGACCAUGGUGGUGGGCUACUGCAUCGGCACCUCGUCCUUCAUCUGCGUCCCUGCCUACAUGGUGUACCGGCUGGCAACCACUCCAGGAACAUUGAAAGAGCGUAUUCUGAAAAGCAUCACUCCGGAAAUGGCCACAGAAAUCCCCUUUGGGGACAUCCAUAUGAAUGCCGUCUAAAGAGCCACCGUCCUUUUGGCGAAGGUGGGAGAGGCAGGCAUCGCAAGAAGCCCCUCCUCUCCCAUCGCCCUCUGCUCUUUUCCAAAGCACUGAAUCGCCGCCAGGGGAGUUUUGUGCCGGGGCAGAAGCAUUGACCAAGGCUGGACCCUCCUAGCAUUCCCACACCAGCCGGGCUGGCUUCUUCAGCCCCGGCUCGUUUGCGUCUGCGGUCCUGCACUGGUUCAUUUGGAAACGUGAAGGCGCACAAGUGUGAGCAAGCGGCGGCCUCUCCAUAUGUGGGCAGGGGGCCAUCAGAAUGCAUGCCUGGCUAUUCCAGCCUCUGUCUGGCAACUGUCACCAGUUGGGAUUAUAUUUAGCCCCAUCCCUCUGUGCCACACACACCUGUUAUCUCUCAGUGUGACCCCCUGUAAUGGACCCGCCCAUGUUUGCUUCUAAGGAACGCAGAGUUUUCAACCAAGUUGGAAAAACAACACACACACACACACACCUGGCCGAGCUAGCCAUAGCUACCCCAUGAAUACAGAGUUUGGCAGCCCCGAAUAACACCCACGAGCCCAAAUGAGGGCCGUGAGCAAAAGGUCCAGUGCAAGAGCCAACCUGUCAUGAUGCAGAAACUCUUGCUGCACUGGAAUGCUUGCGAUGGGGCAGCGGGUGGGACAGGACUGCAGGUUUGGCUGUGAAGAACAGCACCAUCCUUGUAUCUAGAAAGUUAGGUUUCGGGGAAGAAGGGCAGACAGAUGACUAAAUCAUCAGGCCCUGUGUCCCGCCCCCCACCGCUUGCAGUCAGAAGUAAUUGUUCAUCAGUACAAGCCUCCAAGAGCAGGGCAACCCUAUACAGGUGGGGCCCAGACAAACAGUGGCUCUGGUGAAGCCAUCAAGUGGCGAUACAUGCUGGCUGCCAGCUCACACACACACCCCUGCCCAUCACAAGGAAUUUCUGCAGAGCUGCCCCCUUGUUCUGCAUCGUCAAACACCCCACCUCAGCUAUUCACCAGGCCCACACGCAAGCUAUCUGCAGACAGCAGUAAAGCCAUAGUCACGUUCUCUUCCUACCUACUUUCUUUUGCAUUCCAUUUAUAAAAAUUCUCUCUCUCAAAUAUAUAUAUACACGGCAUCACACAUCGGCCACAUCCACACAGUGCUUCUUUCAGGUGAAAGGCACUUUCAGGAGUUUCAGAUAUUGGUUGUGUUCCCCCAUCAUCCACAGGCCAGAGUGCCACAGAGCCACACCCUUAGGGGUCAUUCUUGGGGCAUCUUCCACAGGUGUUUUUUCACAAGCUGGUUCUGGAGCAGCUUUAUGCUACGGAAUUAACAGAAAGCCGAGACAGGCUCACUGCGGAGGUAAAAGAAUCCCUGUGACCUCUCCUGCCAGGUCACUGGAGAGGCAACAGUGGAAGGCAGCAGCACGGCCGAAAUGGUCCACUGGAGGACCAUUUAAGUGGUCAGAUCCUACCCCUUUUGGGAAGCUGGCCCAGCAGUGGUGGUGAAGAGGCAUCUCUGUCGGGUGAGGUGUGGUCAGUGGAUCAUCUGGGCUCAAAGGAGCUGCUGCUCGCGGCUAGAGUGCAUUUGCAGAGCAAAGCCAGAGACCAGGCACGCGUGCUCUCAAAAGUCUGAUGAGCACUGCUCACAAAUGUACAACUGGAUGGAGUGUGUGUGUGUUUGUUUUACUCAUGUUGCAAAAUGACAGUCAUCCUGACAGGGCGACACCAAGCCUACCAAAAACAUAAGCCCUAUUAUGUUCCAAACUCCUACAAGUCUACACAGAUACAGGACAACACUUCCGGUCUGUAUCCUGCAUCUGAGGGGCCUGUACCUCACUUUUAAAAUGAACACAGGUAGCCAUUCACACAAAAGCACAUAUGAGUGUGCAGCCACCUGGACACUUGUUCCACAUAAUGUCUGGAUAGGGCUAUAUACCACGCUGAGAUUAGCCUGCGUCGAGAUCCCUUCAACCAGCGCUGUUCUGAGCACCCUGAUCCAUGGAGCUGUGAGUGGGUGGAAGACGACAGUAUUAAAUUAACCCAUGGCAAAUUAGCGUAACUGGCCAAGGAUUUGUUCUGUGCAGGCCACAUGAAAAACAGUGCAGCCUGUACAGGAGGGUAUUCUGAGGACUUACAGAGGCAACUGCGACAAUUCCUGGGACUGUGUUUACCUUUAGGUUGGAGAAACGAAACUGGAGUUUAUUUCACAAAACGGAAGUAUUCUUCUCAAAACAUGUAUAUACUGCGCCUGUAUUAAUUUAUGCUGCUGCUUCAGUUAUCAGUGUCCCAAAGCUGGGUUGUAAGUCAUCAUCAGUAUGUGUCUUGCAAUGCAAACUGUUAUUGUAAUAAAUUUAAGAAUAAAAUGGCAGUUGUAACCCC